UAAAAUAACAAUUAAAUAAAAUUAUGGAGAAGCCUCAAACCCCCUCACAAAAUCUUCAUCAGAGCUUCUCCCUAUCACCGUUCGCUGGGAAUCUGUUUUCCAUUGUUUGCGGAGUUGUUUGAUCAUGCAGUUGGCUGCAUUUUGUCGGUUCGGAAGCUGUGCCUUGUGGUGUGGGGGAGUUUGGUUGUACUGAUAUUUUUUUGGUGAUUGUUACUGUUACCUGUUUUUGUCGAUUGUGUAGUUGGAUUGAUCGUUCGGAAGUUUGAGUUAUUGUAUUGAUUACUUGUGCUCUUCGGAGCGACGAAGAACGGGUGGAUGCCGUUCUGCUUGUCGAAAUGAUCAGGGUAGCUCAGAGUCCGGAGUGACGUUCUGCAAAUCAGUUUUGCGGAGAUCACUGAAUUGACGAGCCGUUUUUGGUUAUUUGAGGAGCAAACAAGAUGAUACAAUCAUUGUUGCCAUCUCCUGGGAAGUAUACUUAGCCACUGGAAUUUUCUUUCCACUUGAGGCUGCAUUAAUCAUGUUUUCUCCUCAGCUUCUGCAGCUUACUGAACGUGGGAGAGGACUUCUAGCAUCUAGAAGGAAAGCUUUAGUUUUAGCCUCUAGCAUUGCUGUUGGUGGAACUGCUGCUGCUUUAUAUGUGCAGUUACGAACUCGCGCCCAAAGGCACAAAUCUUUUGAUCAUAUUAAUGGAGAUUUGAAGAACAAGGAGCAGCCAAAACACUUAGUUGUAAAUGAUGAUAAUUUAAAAAAGAGUUGGCAAAAAAGAGGACAUUUGAGAUCUCUCCAGGUUUUGGCUGCUAUUCUGAUAUCUCGUGUGGGGCGAAAAGGUGCAAUACAACUCUUAUCUUUGGUUGCUAUAGCGGUAUCUCGAACUGCCAUAACCAACAGACUGGCUAAGGUCCAAGGUUUCUUGUUCCGCUCUGCCUUUCUUCGGCGUGUACCCGCAUUUCUUCGCCUUAUUGUUGAAAAUAUCCUCCUUUGUUUUCUCCUCUCAACAUUGGAUUCCACUUCUAAAUACAUAACAGGGACCCUAAGUUUACACUUCAGAAAAAUUUUGACUAAGCUUACACAUAAACAAUAUUUUAAGAAUAUGGUGUACUACAAGAUAUCUCAUGUUGAUGGCCGCAUAAGCAAUCCUGAGCAGCGAAUUGCAAGUGAUAUACCGAGGUUCUGUUCAGAAUUGAGUGAUCUUCUGCAAGAGGAUCUGAUUGCAGUUGCUGAUGCAUUGCUUUAUUCUUGGCGUUUAUGCUCAUAUUCAAGCCCAAAAUACAUAUUUUGGAUGCUGGCUUAUGUGUUCGGGGCAGGGAUAACAAUAAAAAAUUUCUCACCAUCAUUUGGAAAACUUACAUCCAAAGAACAACAGCUGGAAGGAGAAUAUAGGCAAUUGCAUUCAAGAUUAAGGACUCAUGCAGAAAGCAUAGCACUUUAUGGUGGAGAAAAAAGAGAGGAAUUUCACAUUCUAAAGAAGUUUGAGAAUCUUGUUCAACAUAUGAAAGUUGUUCUUCAUGACCAUUGGUGGUUUGGCAUGAUUCAGGACUUCUUAGUCAAGUACCUUGGUGCUACAGUUGCUGUUAUCAUGAUUAUUGAACCCUUUUUCUCUGGAAAAUUAAGACCGGACUCUUCUACGAUAGGGCGUGCUGAGAUGUUAAGCAAUUUAAGAUAUCAUACAAGUGUUAUAAUUUCAUUGUUCCAGUCUCUUGGUACUCUUUCUGUAAAUACAAGACGACUCAACCGCCUAAGUGGUUAUGCUGACCGUAUUCAUGAACUCAUGGGUGUAUCUCGUGAGCUUGCUGUAAGAGAUUCAUUGUCACAACCAGCUGAUGGGAGUGGAAACUAUGUUAGUGAGGCAAACUACAUUGAGUUUGACAAUGUCAAGGUUGUUACCCCUACUGGUAAUGUAUUGGUAGAGAACCUGACACUAAAAGUUGAACCUGGAUCUAAUCUUUUGAUAACAGGUCCAAAUGGAAGUGGAAAAAGCUCGCUCUUUCGAGUUUUGGGUGGACUUUGGCCUCUAGUAUCUGGUCAUAUUGCAAAACCUGGAAUAGGAUCUGAUCUAAACAAGGAGAUCUUCUAUGUGCCACAACGACCAUACACGGCUGUGGGAACUCUGCGUGACCAGUUAAUUUAUCCCCUAACAGCAGAUCAGGAAGUUGAACCUCUUGUGCAAAGUCAAAUGGUUGAGCUCUUGAAAAAUGUAGAUCUUGAGUACUUGGUGGAACGGUACCCACCUGAAAAGGAGGUGAAUUGGGGCAAUGAAUUAUCAUUAGGGGAGCAACAAAGAUUGGGAAUGGCUCGUCUAUUUUACCACAAGCCUAAAUUUGCUAUCCUGGAUGAGUGCACUAGUGCGGUUACAAUUGAUAUGGAGGAACGGUUUUGUGCAGAAGUUCGAGCUAUGGGAACUUCAUGCAUCACAAUUUCCCAUCGUCCUGCAUUAAUUGCUUUUCAUGAUGUGGUAUUAUCUUUGGAUGGUGAAGGAGGAUGGAGUGUACAUUAUAAAAGGAUGGAUUCUAGAGACCUUGCAGAAUCCGAAACUUACAAUAAAAGGAAUUCUGAGUCUUCUGACACUGAGCGAAAAAGUGAUGCCAUGACUGUUCAGCGUGCAUUUGCUGCUGCAAAGGAUACAGCAUUUUCAGCUUCUAGGUCCCAUUCAUCAGUAUUAAUAGCAGCAUCUCCAAUUGAAAAUGAGGACUCUUCAGUGCCUGUCUUUCCACAGCUGCAAAUUCUUCCAAAGACAUUACCUUCAAGAUUAUCUUCCAUGUUGAAGAUCUUAGUACCUACAGUGUUCGAUAAGCAAGGUGCACAGCUCAUUUCAGUUGCUGCGCUAGUGUUAUGCAGAACAUGGAUAUCUGAUCGGAUUGCCUCUUUAAAUGGGACAACUGUAAAGUCUGUUCUUGAGCAAGACAAAAUUGGCUUUACGAAGUUGAUUGGUGUUAGUGUUCUACAAAGUGCUGCAUCCUCUUUUGUUGCUCCAUCUUUGAGGCACCUUUCAGCUCUACUUGCUCUUGGGUGGAGAAUUCGUCUGACUAAACAUUUGCUUAGAAACUACUUACGAAAGAAUGCAUACUAUAAGGUAUUUCAUGUCUCCCGGAUAAACGUUGAUGCAGAUCAGAGGUUAACUCAAGACUUGGAGAAGUUAACAACCGAUUUGUCUGGCUUGGUAACUGGAAUGGUGAAGCCAGUUGUUGACAUUUUGUGGUUCACCUGGAGAAUGAAACUCCUAACUGGUCGAAGAGGAGUUGGUAUUCUGUAUGCGUACAUGUUAAUAGGUUUGGGUUUCCUCAGGAUUGUUACACCAGACUUUGGUGACCUCAUAAGUCAUGAGCAGCAGUUGGAAGGAACUUUUAGAUACAUGCAUGAAAGAUUGCGGGCACAUGCAGAAUCUGUUGCCUUUUUUGGCGGUGGUUCUCGAGAGAAAGAGAUGAUUGAAUCAAGAUUUGCAGAACUUUUCAAUCAUUCAAGAUUGUUUCUUAAGAAGAAGUGGCUAUUUGGCAUAAUAGAUGACUUCAUCACAAAGCAAUUACCACAUAAUGUGACAUGGGGAUUGAGCAUGAUGUAUGCCAUGGAGUAUGCAGGAGAUCGAGCCUUGACUUCCGCUCAAGGUGAACUUGCACACGCGCUGCGAUUCCUAGCAUCUGUUGUAUCUCAUAGCUUUUUGGCUUUUGGUGAUAUUCUUGAAUUACAUAGAAAAUUCCUUGAGCUUUCUGGUGGUAUCAACCGAAUUUUUGAACUUGAAGAGCUUCUGGAUGCUGCUCAAACUGGAUAUACUGAUGGCUCUUCUUUAAGAUCUAAACUUACAGAAGCCCAGACAGAUAUUAUUUCUUUUUCAAAGGUGGACAUUAUUACACCAAAUCAGAAAAUGCUGGCUCGAAAGUUAACUUGUGAUAUUGUUUCAGGGAGAAGCCUCCUUGUUACUGGUCCAAAUGGAAGUGGGAAGAGUUCCAUUUUCAGAGUCCUUAGGGAUCUUUGGCCUGUGGUUGAUGGCAGGCUCGUGAAACCACGAGAACAAAUUAAUUGUGAAUUUGGAUGCCGCCUUUUUUAUGUGCCUCAGAGGCCAUAUACAUGCUUAGGAACCCUCCGAGAUCAAAUAAUAUAUCCUCUAUCUCUUGACGAAGCCGAGAAAAGGGCAUUAUAUUUAAUUGAAGAAGGUCCUGAGUCUCUCAAUGCAAAGGACCUUUUGGAUGCACAGUUGAAAAUUAUUCUGGAGAAUGUAAAAUUGUUGUAUCUCUUGGAAAGAGAAGGUGGCUGGGAUUCAUCUCAGAAUUGGGAAGACAUUUUAUCACUGGGUGAACAACAGAGAUUAGGCAUGGCCCGUCUAUUCUUUCAUAAGCCCCACUUCGGUAUCCUUGAUGAGUGCACCAAUGCUACCAGUGUUGACGUUGAAGAGCACCUCUACAGCGUCGCCAGUGACUUAGGAAUCACAGUCUUAACAUCCUCACAGCGACCUGCUCUUAUACCAUUUCACUCCAUGGAGCUGCGUUUGAUCGACGGUGAGGGUAAGUGGGAGCUCCGUACAAUCGGGUAAGAAUACUAAUCUCCAAACUUGCAGUUUGCUGCUUACAAUAAAAUUACCUCAAAACUAAAAUGGUCAUGUAUAUAAUUAUAUUAUUGUCUAACUGUGAAUCCAAAUGAAGAAGAAGAAGAAGAAGAAAUAAGAGGACAAGGUUCACUUGGUGGACUAAAAUUUUAGAGAAAUAUUUGAUGGAAGAGUGUUCUUCCUUGAACUUCAAUAUGAUAUAAUUUGAUUCGUUAUAAUGUGUCUUCUUUCUCUA